AAAUCCAAUUUUAUUUUUUUCUUGUUUUCACAUUGAAGAAACUCCUCAUUACAUUUGGAGAGAAAAAAAAAAAAAGGCAAAAAACCAAAAAGGAAGAUCCGAAAAUUUUCCCACGAAAAUCUCAGAUUCUGGGGAAAAAGAAAGGAAAUCGCCAAGCAGAGAAUAAGAAGAUAAGAGACGAACAAGAGUUUUGAUUUUGUCUCUGUGACUUGUGUCUGUUUCAUAACGAGUCAUGUCAGAAACUCAGCAGCAGGUUCAGAACUCUACUGGGUCGAUUCGAUCUCCCGAGAAAAUUCAAGAUACCUUUAGGAGGAUGAAAGUUAAUGAAGAUAAUAUGGAGCAAUCUAGUCCAUAUCCUGAUCGUCCCGGUGAGCGAGAUUGCCAGUUCUUUCUGAGAACUGGGCAGUGUGGCUAUGGAAACACCUGUCGGUACAAUCACCCUCUUACUCAUCUUCCACAGGGUGUUAUUUAUUACAAAGACCAACUGCCUGAGAGGAUUGGACAGCCUGACUGUGAGUAUUUUCUGAAAACAGGAGCCUGUAAGUAUGGCCCAACAUGUAAAUAUCACCACCCAAAGGACAGGAAUGGUGCUGGACCCGUACUGUUCAAUGUUCUCGGUUUUCCUAUGCGACAGGGUGAGAAGUCAUGCCCGUAUUACAUGCAGACAGGAUUGUGUCGAUUCGGGGUUGCCUGCAAAUUCCAUCAUCCUCAUCCUCAGCCUUCUAAUGGCCACUCUGCAUAUGCAUUGUCCAGCUUUCCGUCUGUUGGUUUUCCUUAUGCCAGUGGAAUGACAAUGGUGUCUUUGCCUCCUGCAACAUAUGGAGCUAUGGCACGUCCUCAAGUUCCUCAGUCUCAGGCCUAUAUGCCCUUCAUGGUUGCACCUUCCCAAGGCCUUUUGCCUCCUCAAGGCUGGGCAACUUACAUGGCUGCAUCUAACCCCAUUUACAGUGUGAAAGCUCAACCUGACUCCAGUUCUAGUGCAUCGGUGCCUGUGGCCAUGACAUCACAUUAUCACAGUUUUUCUGAAAGAGCUGAAUGUAGGUUUUUUAUGAACACUGGAACAUGUAAAUAUGGAGAUGAUUGCAAAUACAGUCAUCCGAAAGAAAGGUUGUUACAAUCACCACCAAAUCUCUUGAACCCUAUUGUUCUUCCCGCAAGACCAGGACAACCAGCAUGUGGUAACUUCAAGGCCUACGGAUUCUGCAAGUUUGGAGCAAGCUGCAAAUUUGAUCACUCAAUGCCACUAAACCCUUACAACACUACGGGCUUGGCCAUGUCUUCUCUGCCUACUCCUAAUCCUUAUGCUCCACCUGUUUCAACUAAUCUGAGGAUCUCAUCGCCACCAAGCCCCCCUGAUUCGAGUACCCUAUCCAAUGGUAAACCCGGUGCUGCAGAGACUCAAAGCUUGGAGACUGAGAAACAAGACGAUAGUCCUGCACAGCCAGAAAAAUCAGAAGUGCAGGACUCAUUGCCACCAAGCUGCUCUGAUUCAACCUCCCUACCCAAUGUUAAACCUGAUUCUGAGAAUCCAAGUUCAGAGAAUGAGAAACAAGACGAUAAUACUAUACAACAGGACAGCUCAAAAGUGCAGGAUUCAUCUGAUAAAUCUACAUGAUCUCAGAAUGAAUGACAAUCUGGCUGAGUCUUUCCCUCUCAGGGUAUCUAACGGUCUCAAAAUGAUCUCUCUGCCCUUUUUGUUAAUUUUUUGGAAAGAGGGCUUGGAAGUGUUCUAUCUUUUUGGUUUUUUUUUCUUUGGUUUCGGAGACAGCAAUGGCUGAAACAAAAUAGGAAAAGAACAGUGUUUUGAAUGGGUUAAUAAAACUUGACAUCCUUUAGCAA